AUGGCCUCGAUGUAUGAGCUAGAGGACCAGUUGCCGAGAUUGCCCGUGCCGCCGUUGACCCAGACAGUCAACCAGUUGCUCACGGCGCUCAAGCCGCUCCUCUCGCUGGAGGAGUACCUCGAAGUGUACGAGGAACUGGCCCAUUUCUUGAGUGACCCGACGAUCAACUUGAUCCAGAAACACUUGGAGCUGGCGCUGGCCAACCCCGAGGUGCUGUGCUACCUCAAUGCCGUCACUGGCGACACCGCCCCGGGGAUCUACGGGGAGUUGAGAGGCGACACGUUACCGAGAAAUCCCUACCUCGUACUCGCUGAAGACCCUUACAGCAAAGCGUUACAUCCUCCCACAAUGUGUGAACGCGCUGCCAGCUUGGUUAACUCGACGCUUAAGUUUGUCAUCGCCGUUCGUAACGAGACGUUGAAGCCCGACGUUACUCCGAAAAAUGGUAAGCCGUUGACGAUGAGAGGGUUCCGCAACUUGUUUGGCUGCACCCGGAUCCCGGCUCCGGACUCGCUGUUCAACCACGUCACCAUGUACAAGUACAACGACAUCAAUGACUCGCGCCACAUCAUCAUUAUUUGCAACAACCAGUACUACAAGUUGGAAUUGCUCACGUUGUACACCCCCGAGGAGUACGCUGAAACCAAGUCCAAGCAUAAGAUCUGGUUCAACGACCACGAGUUGCUGACGAUCUUGCAACAGGUGGUGUUGGAGGCGGAGCAGGUGGACCAGAUCACCUCCAACCGCAACUCGGUGGGGUGCUUGACCACUCAGAGCUUCGGUAUGUGGAAGGACGGCCGUGCGGAGCUUUUGAAGCUGAAUGCCGAACAGAUCCGCGCCAUUGACGAUGCCCUUUUCGUGCUUGUGCUUGACCCUGAACUGAAGCCCGUCACCGACGAAGAGAAGACGGUGUGCAUUUCCCACGGCACCUCGGAAUUGGUUCCCGGAACUAACAUCCAACGCGGUACCUGUACUUCGCGCUGGUACGAUAAGCUCCAGCUUAUCGUUGCUGGUAACGCCACCGCCGGUAUCGUAUGGGAGCUGGCGCUGAUGGACCUGACGGCGAUCUUACGUUUCAUCCUGGACAUCUACACCGACUCGGUGCUCAAGCUCGCCAAGAAUAUCAAUGGCCACCAGUACACGUUGUUUGACCCUAACACCCAGUUUGUGCUGGCUGACGGCAAGAUUAUCAAACCUGAGCCGGAGUACAUCACGUUCAACUUUACCCCUGAGCUUCUGACGCUUGUGCGGCUCUCAGAAACCCGGUUGGCCGACUUGGUCACCCAGCACGAGUACGUCACUUCAGUGCUCAAGUUGGACCUGCACUUGAUAUCGAAGGUGGGGUUGCUGGUGGACCUGGUGCUUCAGAUUGCGUUCCAAGUGGCUAACUACUCGUUGUACGGGCGUAUGGUGAACACGUUGGAACCCAUCACCACGCGUAAGUUCAGAGACUCGCGCACUGAGCUUAUCCCCAUCCAAAACGAUCACAUCACCAACUUAGUCAAGCUCUUCAUCACGCUGGCCUCGCAGGAGGACAAAUGGAACUGGUUCAAGAAGUGCUGUGAGACCCACCAUCGUCAGUACCUUGACGCCAUGCAAGGCCGCGGGUUUGAGCGUCAUCUUAUGGCGCUCACCCAAGUGUGCAAGCGGUCUAGUGCCCGGGCUAACUUGAACUCGAUCAACCCGAACUUGGAUCCGAUUCCUGAUCUUUCGCGAAGCAAAGAGGAUAUCCCUCUUUUGACAAACCCGCUUAUGCUGAAGAUCUCGUCGCCGGAGUUACUCAUCUCCAACUGUGGUAACCCUGCCCUCCACCUUUUCGGCAUCCCUCCCGCCAUUGACCAAGGGUACGGGAUUGGCUACAUCAUCCAAAAGGACCGGGUGUUGGUGACCAUGUGCUCCAAGUACCGUCAAGCCCGGAGACUUCUCUCCACCGUCACUCAAGUGCUUGGCGACUUCAGACGGAUGUUGGUGCUGAGACUGGACUUCGUCAUGAAGAUCAACGACUCGCUGGCGCGUAAGCUCGAAUUGCAACGCUUGCGUAUCCAGAAGGAGUUGAAGAACGUCCGUAACGAUCUGGUGGCGUUGCGUCGCCCCAUCGAGUUGACCACUGACCGUGACUUUGAAGAGUACGAGUCGCUGGUGGAACGCCGCUUCGACUACGCGGAAAACUUGGCCCAAAAGCUGAAGCCUCGUUCUGCUACUUCUUCGGCGGCAACUGAGACGACACCCGCUGCCUCCACUCCCAUGGUCACCAUCGACCUGGAGUUGCUGAUCCACCAGUACUACCCUGACGGGGAAGACAACACCACCGCUCGUAACCGUGGUCGCCUGGACUCGCAACAGCUGAUUGGCUCUGAGGAGUACGACAUUUUGGGGGGCUACGGCUACUUUGACAUCGGUGAAGUCGAGUUGAGAUCGGAAGAGUUGCUGCGAAACGAACUGUAUUUGAAUCUGCGGACCACCUCCCAGUUCCACUCGCGGGCUCACUCGCGGGCCCACCUGAGAUUGCACUCUCGUCGUAACUCGAACACCGAUCUCCAUCGGAUGAACGAUCUCAAGGAGAAGCACUCGCUUUCCGAACGCAUUCGUGACCGCCUUGUGUUGGACAGCGAUGACAACUUCGUUGGCAAGCGCCGCAGCGCCCUGCCCGAGUUGAAGACUCCCCGGUCGUUGCCUCAGGAUAUUAAGGCAAGAGUGGGACGGCAAUUGGAUGUCCGCUCGUUCGAGUAA